UUGCACAAUAUUCUAAUUUUUCCAGUUUAACCUGUAUUUCAAGUAAACCAGUUCAGCAGGGGAGUAACGUGAAUCUCCAUUGCCUGAAGGGUGUAUUUAUAGCACUGGCAGUAGGACUUUUUGUGCUUCACUUAUUAGUAUCCAGAGCCCAGGUGUGACUGUAACCUCUGCACUCCCAAUUUUUACACAUCUGCAGUUCAGGAUCAGUGUAUUUUCAUUUGUACUGUUGGUGGCGUAGGUGUUCUUCCUUUUUUUUUUCCCUUUACUUUUCUUUUUUAUGUUUUUACAUAUUGGACUGCUUAUAAGACAUAAUAGAAUUAUGAGCCCCUGUUACACAGAGGAAUACAACCUGACGUAGCUUAUCUGGUUCUGCUAAGACCCAUAGGCUGUAGCAACUAUCCCUUGAGCACAUGGCAGAGAUGCGUUUCCAGUAUGUGCUGACUCUAAUCACAGGACUCAUAGAAUGCAUUUGCUUUGCGGGGGUCACCUUUGGGUGGGCAUCCCUUGUGUUUGUGCUAAAGAAGGAGAAUUACUUUAAUGACCUGUGUCCAGACACAAAAAACCAGUCUACCAAUGCUACAGGUGGGUGCCCGUCUCAGGAUGAGCAUUUUUCGCUAAUAUUUACAGUGGCAGCUUUCAUGAACAGUGCCAUGACCUUUCCUGGUGGUUAUAUUUUUGAUCGCUUCGGAACGGCAGUGACAAGGUUUAUUGCUAUUUGUCUAUUUACAACAGCAACCCUCCUUAUUGCACUCUCUACAGCAGAUACGGCUGUGCUCAUAUUCCCUGCUCUUUCUUUGCUGGCAAGUGGUGGAAUUUUCUUAAUUCUGACUAAUAUGCAGGUGGGAAAUUUGUUUGGACCUCAUCGUUCUACCAUAAUAACGCUAUACAAUGGAGCUUUUGACUCUUCUUCUGUUAUCUUUCUAGUUGUGAAGGUCCUCUAUGAAAAUGGAAUUUCACUCCAGAAUGUGUUUCUCUUCAUAUCAAGCUGCAGUAUUUGCCACGUUUUAAGGACAAUUUUCUUGAUGCCGAAGAAUCAUAUCCCUUUCCCUGUACCAGAAGGCUACAGAUAUGGUUUGGGCUGUGAAGAGCUCAGUCAGAAAAUAUCCAUGUCACCAAAUCAUUCAUCUAGACCAAUUGAUGGAGAAAAAGGGCAGAAAACAACAAACACUUCCAUAAAGCGUGUCGAAAAACACGACAUUGAGGUCUCAUUUCGGAAUUGUGUCCUAUCAUCACUUUUUGGGUGGCACCUGAUUUGGCUUUCUCUUAUGCAACUUAGACACUAUUUAUUCAUUGCAACUCUGAACCCCACUAUCACCCGCUUAAGUGGAGGAGACCCCCACCUAGUGAGUAAAUAUACAAAUGUUUUUGCUAUAUCCCAGUUUUUUGGGGUUUUCUGUGCUCCUUGGAAUGGACUCAUUAUGGACAGGCACAAAAAGAAACACAAAGUUACAGAGCCGCUUGAUGACCUCCGCUCUUCAGUCCUGUCUUUGUUACUGACCACAAUUCAGUGCAUCCUCUUUUCACUCUGCGCCUCAAUUUCCGAGCUUCCUGCGUUGUAUCCAACUUUUAUCUUCCAAGUACUUAAUCGGUCCUUCUUGUAUGGAGGAAAUGCUGCCUUUCUGUCUAUAGCGUUCCCACCUGCACACUUUGGAAAGCUGUAUGGACUGGUAAUGACUCUUUCUGCAGUGGUAUCUCUCCUACAAUAUCCAGCAAUUUAUAUUAUUGGGACGUACCUGCACGGAGACGCUUUCUAUGUUAAUAUUUCUCUAUUGAUCCUGAUGCUUUUAACCGUUGGACACCCAAUUAAUGUUUUUCGGGUUUGGAGACAAAAGAAACAUUUGAAAGACAAGGCAGAAGCACAGUCAUGGCUUUAAUCAGUUUUAGAGAAUCCAUCACCUUUUUGGUUUUUACUUGGAUUGCAAGAAAACAGAAAUCUUUGAAAGUAUAAAUUGAAAUAUCUUAAGGACAAAGUGUGAACCCCAGUGCCCAAAUGCUGCAAUAGUAUACCAAGAACAUGGUUAUACAGUAAAUUCAAAAGGCAGUAUGAAGAGGUCUCAAAAACUCAUCUCUAGCACAUACAGGGUUGCUGCAAGCUCCAAGUCACCCCCCCCCCCCCAAAGAAAUAAUGUUUAUAUUCAUAUAUAUUUAUCCAAUAUUAUAUACACUAUACAGACACCAAUAAUAUGCCUUCAAUGAUUGAAGUUGUUUUCUUAUGCUCACUUUUUCCUCUGGACCAGGUCACCACAAAGACUCCUUCCAGCGCCCUCCCUAACCUUCAAUUCUGUGCCAAUCACUUUCCCAUAUAUCCCUAUUACCGUACUUGCUGUGUGGCAUAAUUGACCCCAAUACUGUACAUUAGAUAUAAUGUCAAAACUAUAGUUACCCCCCCCCCCCCCCAAUAAAUAGUGCCAUACAGACUACACCCAUGAAAACAAUAGUGCCAGAUAGUAGGUUCCCCCCAAAAUAAUAGUCCCAAACAGAUAGUGCCCAUAUUGUGCCACAGACAUUAGUUAUGUCUCGAUCAGUAAUAGUGCACUACACAGUAAAAGUAUACCCACUUUAUGCUCCACAAAGUAGUGGUGCCACCUUUUGUACCUCACAGUAAUAGUGCCCACACCCAGUAAAAGUUACAACUAAUGGUAUACAGACGGCUGUCACUCCCCCUCCUUUCACAUAGACUGCUACCAAUGGCCCGUCUGCUACACAGUCUGCUCUUCUUUCCUCUAUCUCUCUCACAGACUGUUACCCAUGCCCCUUCUUUUACAGACUACUUUCUCUGUCCCCAUCACUCAUACAUUGCUCUCCAUGUCCACUCUUUCGCACAGACUGCUCCCCAUAACCCCCCACAUAGAUUGCUCCUCCUGUCAGCCUCUGUUAGACUGCUCCCCUUUCUCACAAAGACUACUCUCCACACCCCUCUCUCACACACUGCUUCCCAUGGUCGCCCCUCACACACAAACUCUUCCCCAUGACUCUCCCUCUCACAAAGACUGUUCCCCAUACUGCUAUCUAUGCUUCUAUGGUCUCCUCUCUCACAGACUGCUCUACAUACUUCCUGAUCCCCAUGUCCCUCUCACAUAAAUUACUCCCCAUGCCAUCCUCAUUCACAGACUUUCCCCCAUGCUCCUCCUCUCUCACAAAGACUGUUCCUCAUGCUCCAUUCAUACAGAUUUUAUGUCCUGUUCUGGUUUUUGUAGUUUUAUGUUAUUCACUUGAAAGAAAUGGCGGUGGGAUAGGGGUCCGAAGCAGUUGCCUAGUUUGCAUCUCCUCCCUCCAUCCCAACCCUGACUUCAAGAGACAUGACUAUUAGCUCUUCUAAUCUAAACAUUUCAACAAGGCUUCCUUUCCUGCCUUUAGUGUAAGUAUUCAGCAUGAACAAAGAAAGAUAGCCGUUUUAUUAGUACAUAGUCAUUUGUGAAUAGUCAUGUAGAAUUUGGCAGCCGUGUAUAGAAAAACAUGACCAUAUGCCUAGUAGGCCUCACGUGAUGAAAAGCAGAUAGGGACCUUAAAGGGAAUGUAUUACCUGUAUUUUUUUUAACUAAUUAAAACUUUAUAGUGAAGCA